AUGGCGGCCAAUCACACUCUUGGGAUGGACUUUGACAGCUAUUCUUACCAGUCUGGCGGUCCAGGUUGGCCUCAGUCGGUGUACAACAUCUAUGAAUCGAAGGACUCAGCUUAUCCCAUUACCGUCGAUCUUCCAUACGCUUGGAGGUCUGUACCAAUCAACGCCCAUGAGGACUGCUACGAUCCGACAUUUCUGUUUCGUGACUCGGCUCCGAAUGUCUACGGUUGCGCUGCCCUCGCGACUUCAGCGUUCCUCGUGCAGAAACAUGAUAUCGUCGCCGACAAAACUGUCAAAGAAGCGAAUGCAAAAGUCAAUUUUGGCUCUCUGGACACGUUCAAUGCCUCGCGGGUCAUUGAAAUAAUCGUCGGCUGCGUCGAAGCAUCCUGUACCGACAACAAUACCUUGGGAGACUGCGAUCCGAAAGUCGCGGAGCUCACACAUGAUCAAGUGGUAGCCGCUGAUCUGAACGUGGUCUUGCAUACCCUUGAAUCCUUGUGCUCUUUCCUGACAAAAGAGCCAGAGGCCGAUAUUGCUGGCCCCGGAAUUGCCGUAUCAUACUACAUACAAAUUGCGCUGUGCAUCUGGUUCUUCAUUUUUGGCGGCCUCCUCCCACACGAGCCUGACUCAUCCACAUUCUUUGGUAUGCUAAGUGUCAUCAGAUGGUGCUUCAGGAAGUGUCGCCGACGUUCAAAUACGGAAAUGGACCGCCUUCGCUCAACCUUGACAUACCUACGCUCAACUCGCUUUUCCGUGGCCUUGUACUCGGCCAUGAUCGAGUUUCAAGAGACGCAGGCCUUCUUCGUCAUGGCAAUCGAGACAGCGACCCUCACCAUGGUCAUCAUGAACAGCGAGUCCCUCGCCAUCCGAGUCGACGUCAGCGCCGCCAAGGCAUUCGCCACGGCCAACACGCUGUUGGUUCUCAUCACCCAAGCCAUCAUGCAGCGGAGAGGCAUAUACUGGUGGUACACAUUCGUGCUCACAACGAUCGUCUACGUCCUCUGUGCCAUCAUUCAGCUGCUCAGCCUUCCGGCGCCGUCGUCCUCCCCGAAUUCUUCGGAUUCCUCUCUUGAGCUCCCGGCCUGUGGCGGACAGCGAAGUAUCCUACAAACGUGUAUGCAAUUCGGUGACGGCGAUUUCUACUUCGUCGACGGAUAUGGGCGGUCGAGUGACAAAAGCACUUAUUUUGUCAUUUACACAGCAAUCAUGGUAUUUCUGGCAGCAGAUCAUCUCGGACAUACCCCUCGUCUACGGAGGAUGAAGGACUCGGCACGCCAGGCUCUCGAAGACCGCAAGAUUCGCAUACCCGCCUGGAUAUUCAAAAUUUCGUCCUUCUUGGGAAAGCUCUUGUGGUUCCUCCUGGUUAUCGUAAUGGCUAUGGCUAUAUUUGCCAACGUCAUCCAAGUACACAAGUUUGUUCGACAAACAAUGCGCAACAAAAAGCAGUGGACAUUUGGCCAAGUUGUUGCGGUACUGGUGUGGGCGCCAGUGCUAUCCAAGUACAUCUACUACAACAUUUUCGGCAUCGAGCUCGGCGUUGGCAAGCGAAUAGACGACCAGUACAAGGUCGUGCUCAACGAAGAAAAGCUACCAUCAACACCUACCGGAACACAAGAGCGAUUCGAUUCUUCGAGGAACUUGGUGGACGAAACCAGCUACAUCAGCCUUAGCGCCAUCGGGGACGGUUAUGAAGAUCAGAGACCCCCAAGGAUAGAGACAAGGUCGUUCUCAGGAGGGGUUAAGCGCAAACCGUUGCCGCCGGGGGCCGACACUCAGUGGCCCAGAUGUGAUGCGUAG